AUGGCCUCUCACGCGGAGGAAGCCCGGGAACCGUACCAGACCCUCGGCGCGAAGGCCAGCAUGAGGUCCGUCGUGGGGUCUCGACCAAGCUCGGCUGGAGGGCUCUCGUCCCACGCCGUUGAGCGGCCCAGGAAACGAGACGCGGCGGACGUCCUCUCGCAGCUCCUGCAGCAGGGGGUCAAGUUCAUCCCAGUGUCCUUCGGCCCCUACGUGUGCCUCGUCUUCCUCCUCCAGACGUUCGGCGGCGUCCUCUACAUCUUGCACAGCCUCAGGUUCGCGUGGAACGCCGGCGCGGUCUGCUCCAACCUGGACGCGCCCCCCGCGCCGGGGGAGCACACGUGCCACGUGCACUCGCCGGCCUGCUUCCUCGACUUUCGCGUCGUCGAUGACCACCACGCGACGUUCCACCGCCGGGAGUGCUACGAUACGAUCAAAGAGGCCUACACGUCCAUCUUCGUCUCCCCCGCGACGAUCACUGCCCUCGUCCUGGUCCUGCUGUGUACGACUGGCUCGCUGCUCAACUUGUGCGAGGCCGGGAGGCGGUUCGAGCGCACGUGGCUCGGCGAGAUCGGCGCGGUCCUCGUGAGCCUCUGGUGCGUGCCCCUCGUGCUCGAGGGGACCAGCGGGGCGUGGAUCAACGUCGAAUUGGGAGUGCCGGCGUCGUUCGGAGUGCUGCUCGCCCUGGCGAACGCGGCGUUCAUGACGCCGUCGUCGGCGCCGUUCCUCCUGAGGUGGAUUCCGAUCGGGCUGGUGAGCGUCAGCGUGGGCGUCAUCGCGGGCGUCCAGGCGUGGGAGAAGAUUGCGCACGACGACAUGCCCGCGGCCCGGCCACUGUUCGCGGCGCUUGGGGCCUUCGUGGCGCCCUACAUUGCCUUCGUCGCGAGCUCGUGGAUGCUGUUCCCCGGCGUGCCCGUCCUGCCCGCGCGGGGGCUGUCGUGGCUCGAGCGCUACCAGUGCAAGGCCUGGGGGCAGCAGCAGCAGAGGCGUCUGCAGUCGGCCGAGGUGGACAACAUCCCGCGCGCAGCCCUCGCUGCCGCGAUUUUCCUCGGUCUGCCAAUUAUAGCUGGCAUCGGUGGGAGCGUGGUGCUGACCUAUUUCCGCGUGGUGGUGGACUUGUACCCCGCGCUGAUAUCGGGGGGGAUCUUAAUGAUGGCGGGGGGCGCGAUGCGGCUGCUCUACAUCGCGUGCUUGCUGCAGAACCACGUCGUCGCGGACAUCCUGCCGCCCCAGGCGUCGGCUGCGCUGCUUGCCUCGGCGAUCCGGGACCAGGACGGCCUGGCGUCCGUCCAGCCCGACACGAGCCGCAACAACAGCGUGGGACACCCCCUCAGCGACGAGGGGUCCGGAACACCGCGCGUGAAGCGCCGGAUGUUCGGGUCCUCCAUGCUCGAGGCAGUGAGGGGGCGGGGGAAGGACGGCAACCCGACGGACUGGAGUGGGACAGACUCGCACAAACAGGUCCAGUCCGACAACGGAUGGGCCGCUGCCGCCGAGGGGCCCGGCCGCAGGACCGCGAGCACCGUGGUGCGGUGGGCCGAGCAAACCCACGAGUACAAGAGAAAGGAUUCCGAGGAGGACUGCCGCGGGAGCACGGGCAAGGUGCACGCGGGGGGCGCCCGCGCAAAGCCAGGGGCGCUGGAAGAGCAGACGAUGCUUUCUGCGAGCCCGCUCGCGGGCCAGGCCGGCAAGUACAUGAGUGCCACGCUCGAGGAACUCCGCAGCGACUCGGAUGGCCCACCGCUUGAAGUCACGCAGAGCGCCUUCCCCGGGCACCUCAACGGCGCCGUGGGACGGGACGCCGGCGCACGCUUCAAGUUCGAGCGCAACGGCCCGUUGUUCGCCGGCCAGGCUGCGAAGAAGGCGUCGGGUUUCGCCCGCACUCGUUUUUCGAAAAACAACCGGAACUCGCCUGGCAGGCCUGGCCCCGUCGUUUCGGAGGACGCCGUCGAGCCCGGUCGCAAUCCGCCGAACCCACGUCGAGGCCUCUUCCGGGGCGGCGGGCGGGCCAAGGUGCACGUCAGCCAGGGCAGUCGGAUCCAGAAGCUGACACGGCGCAGCGCCGAGGAGGGCAAGCACGGGCUCUUGCGCAUCCUGCCGUGGCUGACGGAGCACGAGCCCGGCGAGCCGAACAGCGUCGACAUCCGCAAGUGGUGGAAGCGCACGGUGGACAGCCUGAUGGUCACGCUCGAGGGCUUCACGCGGGCGGGGCAGCAGCUCACGCCGGGGACCAUGCGCCCCGCGCUGUGCAAGCGCGACCACGCGGAGGUCACGGUGGUGUUCAGCGACAUCGUCGGCUACACGAAGAUGAGCAGCACCCGGCCUGGGUCGGAGGUGCUCGACAUGUUGAACGAGUACUUUGGAAGACUGGACAAAAUGACGGACCAGAUCGGCGUGUACAAGGUCGAGACGGUGGGCGACGCGUACGUGGUGGCGUGCAACCUCUUCGAGCCGGACGAGUUCCACCAGGUGUCCGCGGUGCUCAUGGCCGAGGCGAUGCUGCGCGUGGCGGCGACGAUCCCGGCGGGCGAGGGAGGCGAGGGCCUUCGCAUUCGCGUGGGCAUUCACACCGGCGCCCUGACCACGGGCGUCGUGGGUCAGAAACGCAAGCUCGUUACCCUCGUGGGCGAUACGAUGAACACUGCGGCGCGCAUGGAGCAGCACAGCCGCCCGGGAUGCAUCCGUGUCUCGGACGCGACGUUCCAUGGCCUCCCCGAGGCGCUGCAAGAGUUCUUCGUCCACGAGCACAUCGAGGCGAAGGGCAAGGGCAGGAUGGACACGUACAUGUUCACUCCAGGGAUCACCGAGCACGGCGCGGACGACAGCGCGGCCGCGGCCAGAAAGCUGGCUGCAGGCACGUCGAUGCUGCACCUCCUGAGCGCGAAGAGGACCGGGUCCCGCGGGCCCAACAGGCAGUCGCUCGAGCUCCUGAGGAAGACUCCGGGCCCGUCCAAGCGGUUCUCGAUCGACAGAAUGAGUCAUUGGCAGAACCAGGCAGUGCCGGCCCGGACCGCAGCUCGACAGCGCUUCAACAGCACCACUCCCUCCGUGCCUGAGGACUCGAGCUGA